CUUGAAUGCAUAGUAAUUGACCAAAAAAGGAAAAAUCAAAAGCAACGCAACGCAACGCUGCCCAUUCUUUUCAACCUGGCAUGAAUCUCUCUCAUAGACAUUUCUUCUCUUUGUAAAUUUCACCAAAUCAUCUUCUUCAAUUCUAAAGCUAUUCCAAGUUUUUGUGUUUCAAUAUAACAUAAAACAUUUCUACUUCUCGGAUGGUUUGAUUUUCUCCUAUUGUGCGUGGUGAGAGAAUUGAAGGUGCGGAAAAGGAUAAAGCUGGGGAAUGGGACAAGCGUUUCGCAAACUCUUCGAUACUUUCUUCGGCAACUCGGAGAUGCGGGUAGGUUGUGAUGCUUGGGCUGGAUGCUGCUGGCAAGACAACUAUACUGUAUAAGCUUCACAUUGGAGAGGUUUUGUCAACCGUUCCUACCAUUGGUUUUAAUGUAGAGAAAGUUCAAUAUAAAAAUGUGGUCUUUACAGUGUGGGAUGUUGGUGGCCAAGAGAAGUUAAGACCCUUAUGGAGACAUUACUUCAAUAAUACUGAUGGGCUGAUCUAUGUUGUUGACUCUCUGGAUCGAGAGAGAAUUGGGAGGGCAAAGGCAGAGUUUCAGGCCAUUAUCAGAGACCCAUUCAUGCUUAAUGCUGUUAUAUUGGUCUUUGCAAACAAACAAGACAUGAAAGGCGCAAUGACCCCUAGGGAAGUUUGUGAGGGGAUGGGGCUUUACGAUCUCAAGAAUAGAAAAUGGCACAUACAAGGGAGUUGCGCCCUCAAAGGGGAUGGAUUGUAUGAAGGGUUGGACUGGUUAUCAAGCACUUUGAAGGAACACAAGGCUGCUGGAUUUUCUUCGGUGGGCCCUUCAUCGUUCUAACAAGGUCGAGUCUUGUUUGUUCUGGGAACCCAUACACUCUGUUUUGUAGGUUGAUAUCAGAAUUAUUUAUAUCUGUAUAUUGCAAAAGCCCGAAUUUCUUUUCCCUUUUCCCCCUUCGAAAGUGUAGCCACCAAGGCCUCAAACAACACUUGGAUUAUGCGUUUGUAUAAUGAAUGAAAACACAAUUGCGUUUA